GAGUGGCUAUUCCAUGACACCACCAGUUCUCAGCAUCACAGAAGAGGAAUACGUGAUCAACGCUAAGGAUACACUGAAUAUCACCUGCAGAGGACAACAUCCCCUGGAGUGGUCAUGGCCUGGAAGCCAAGAGGACACCAUCCAGGUUGGAAAAGAAAGUGAUUCCGUGCUCUUUGUGAGUCCUGACAACAUCCGAACAGUGAAGGAAGAGGAUUGCGAGGGUACUGAUACAAAGCCUUAUUGCAAGGUCUUGACACUGACGGGUACUCAGGCGAAUGAUACAGGCUACUACCGCUGUUACUACAAAUACAUCAGUGCCAAAAUCGAGGGCACUACUGCAGUGAGCACUUACAUAUUUGUGAGAGAUUUUGAACAGCCGUUCAUUAAUAAACCAGAGACUCUUCUUAUCUACAAAAAAGAGAAUAUCCGUGUUCCAUGUCUGGUGUCCAUUCCAGAUCUUAACAUCACAUUGUUCCUGCCCACCUCUGUCAUCCACCCAGAUGGGAAGAGCAUUUUCUGGGACAACAAAAAAGGAAUGUUGGUCCCCACUGUACUGAUCAAGGACUCCUUGUUUGUUCAGUGUGAAACUCUCAUUGACAAGAAGCACUUCAAAUCCAGUUUCUUUCUUGUCCACAUUGCGGGGAAUGAACUUUAUGACAUCCAGUUGUCUCCAAAGAAAGACAUGGAACUACUAGUGGGAGAAAAAUUAGUUCUGAACUGUACAGUGUGGGCCGAGUUCAAUUCAGGAGUCGAUUUCCAGUGGGAUUACCCUGCUAAACAGAUGAACCGGAAAGUCAUAGAACAGCCUGAGAGGCGAUCCCAGCAGACACAUACCGAGCUCUCCAGCAUCUUGAUCAUCCAAAAUGUGAGCCAACAAGACCUGGGAAAAUAUACGUGCAUGGCUAGCAGUGGGGAGCAGGACUUGAAGGAGAGCAUAGAUGUCAUCGUACAUGAGAAGCCAUUCAUCAAUGUGGAGUGGAGGAAGGGCCCAGUGAUAGAAGCAACAGCAGGGGAUGAAAGCGUGAAGCUGCCAGUGAAAGUGGUUGCCUACCCUCUCCCUGAGUUCCAAUGGUUCAAAGAUGGCAAGUUAAUAUCCAACAGACAAUCUCAGUAUUCCCUGCAGAUCAAAGAUGUGGCAGAGCAAAAUUCUGGCUCAUAUACAUUGGUCCUGAAAAACAGACCAGCUGGACUGGAGAAGAGCAUUAAACUCCAACUGAUUGUUAAUGUUCCUCCUCAAAUCCAUGAGAAAGAAGCAUCCUCACCAAACAUUUAUUCCCGAAAAAGCCGGCAUGUGCUCACCUGCACCGUCUAUGGCAUCCCAGCACCAGAAAGGAUCCAGUGGCAGUGGAGGCCUUGGACACCCUGCCGGAUGUUCCCCCGACAUACUCUUAGCAAGCGGAGGUCUGUACGACGGCAUCAGCGGGAUCGGAUGCCCGAGUGUAAAGACUGGAAAGAUGUGUCGCAACUGGAUGCUGUGAACCCCAUUGAGAGCAUUGACACCUGGACAGAGUUUGUGGAAGGAAGGAACAAGACGGUCAGCAACUUGAUCAUCCAAGAAGCCAAUGUGUCUGUUAUGUACAAGUGUGUAGCCUCCAACAAAGUUGGUCGUGAUGAACGGCUCAUCUAUUUCUAUGUAACUACCAUCCCAGAUGGGUUUGAAAUUGAGUCACAGCCUUCAGAAGAGCCCAUCGAGGGUCAAGACCUGAAGCUAAGUUGCAAUGCUGAUAAUUAUACGUAUGAGAAUCUGCAGUGGUACCGGCUCAACCUCUCAAAACUGCAUGAUGAAGAGGGCAACCCUCUGGUCCUGGACUGCAAAAAUGUCCACCACUAUGCAACUAAGAUGCAGGGGGAACUGCACUUCAAACCCAACUCCAAUUAUGCUGCAUUGACACUCACCAUCCCAAGCAUCUCACUAGAAGACGAAGGAGAUUAUGUGUGCGAGGUGCAAAACCGGGAGAAUAACGAAAAGCAUUGCCACAAAAGAUACAUCUCCGUGCAUGCUCUGGAGGUCCCCAGAUUGAAACAGAACCUCUCAAACAUCCUGGUGAAUGUGAGUGACUCCAUAGAGAUGCGCUGUAAAGUUGAUGGCACCCACAUUCCAAACAUCAACUGGUACAAGGAUGAGAAGCUGGUAGAAGAGGUGUCAGGGAUUGACCUAGCAGAUUCCAAUCAGAGGCUGAGUAUCCAAAGGGUAAGAGAAGAGGAUGCUGGUCUCUACCUGUGUACUGUCUGCAAUGCCAAGGGUUGUGUGAAUUCCUCCGCCAGUGUCUCUGUGGAAGGUUCAGACGACAGGACCAAUGUGGAGAUUGUCAUCUUAAUUGGGACAGGGGUCAUUGCCAUCUUUUUCUGGAUUCUCUUGAUCCUAAUCUUCUGUAAUAUUAAACGACCUGCUCAUGCUGAUAUUAAGACAGGCUACCUGUCCAUUAUCAUGGACCCAGGUGAAGUUCCCUUGGAAGAGCAAUGUGAAUACCUGCCCUAUGACUCCAGCAAGUGGGAAUUCCCUCGGGAGCGACUUCAACUAGGUAAAGUCCUAGGCCAUGGGGCUUUUGGGAAAGUGAUGGAAGCCUCUGCAUUUGGAAUUAACAAGAGCAACAGCUGUGAGACAGUGGCGGUUAAAAUGCUCAAAGAGGGAGCUACUGCGAGUGAGCACAAGGCACUCAUGUCAGAGUUGAAGAUUCUCAUCCAUAUUGGAAACCAUCUUAAUGUGGUGAACCUUCUGGGAGCCUGCACCAAACCGAAUGGUCCCCUCAUGGUCAUUGUUGAAUUCUGUAAAUAUGGAAACCUAUCUAAUUAUCUGAGGACCAAACGGGAAGGAUUCAGUCCUUACAGAGAAAAAUCCCCCAGAUUACGCAUCCAGGUUCGCUCUAUUGUAGAAGCUGCCAGAGCAGACAGGAGGAGCCGUUCUGGUACCAGUGACAGUGUGAUCCUGAGCAGAUUUCUGAUGAACAAGAGUCAAGCAUCGCCACCGCCUCUCAUACAAGAAGUGGAUGAUUUGUGGCAAAGCCCUCUGACAAUGGAGGACCUGAUCUGCUAUAGCUUCCAGGUUGCCCGUGGUAUGGAGUUUCUAGCUUCUAGAAAGUGCAUCCACAGAGACUUGGCAGCUCGCAACAUCUUACUGUCAGAAAACAAUGUGGUGAAGAUUUGUGACUUUGGCCUGGCCCGAGAUAUCUACAAGGACCCUGACUAUGUCAGGAAGGGCAGUGCCCGCCUCCCCCUAAAGUGGAUGGCUCCAGAAAGCAUCUUCGACAAAGUCUACACCACCCAAAGUGAUGUCUGGUCCUUUGGGGUCCUCUUGUGGGAGAUCUUCUCUUUAGGUGCCUCGCCAUACCCUGGAGUCCAAAUCAAUGAGGAAUUUUGCCAGAGACUGAAGGAUGGCACCAGGAUGAGAGCUCCAGAAUAUGCCACUGCUGAAAUUUACCGUAUAAUGCUGAGUUGUUGGCAUGGUGAUCCCAAAGAGAGACCAACAUUUUCUGACUUGGUGGAAAUCCUUGGAGAUCUUCUCCAGGAAAAUGUCCAGCAUGAGGGGAAGGAUUACAUCCCACUGAAUGACUCUCAAAGCUCAGAAGAUGAUGGCUUCUCCCAGGUUGCUUCCUCUAUCCAGCAGAACUCUGAUGAAGAGGAAUUUGACAUGAGGAUACACUGUCACAACAUAGCAGCAAGAUAUUACAACUGUGUGUCUUUUCCUGGUUGUUUGACUGGCGGGAAUCAGAUAAGGUGUCCAUCAAGAAUAAAGACUUUUGAAGAAUUUCCUAUGACCCAAACCAUGUAUAAAACACAUCCGGACAAUCAGACAGACAGUGGGAUGGUUCUGGCAUCUGAAGAGUUUGAGAGAAUAGAAAAUAGACACAGAAAAGAAGGUGCCUUCAGCAGUAAAGGAUCCAGUCGAAAUGAAGACUCGGCAGUGGAUCAGUCGGAUCUGAGGGGCCGAUGUCGGCCAUCCUAUCAUUCCCAGCUCCGUGGCCAGACUUUUUACAACAGUGAAUAUGGGGAACUGUCAGAACAGUCAGAGGAAGGCAGCUGCACUCCACCCACUGAGGGCCCGAGCCCGUCCCUCCUUCACGCUUCGUUCUUUUCAGACCAAUACUGAGGGGCGAACAGAUGGUGGAGACGCCAUGCCAAGAGAUACACCCUUCUCCCUUGGCAUGGCAUAGCAUCUGUUCCAUGGAGCCUUUCCCCAUUCCUCCUAGAAGAAGGCGCAGCAUGGAGGGGCAAAGAAACAGAUGGAGAACUCCUUGGAUGUGAAGAGAGGAGCCAAGCUUUCGAAAAGGGACAUGACUCUUGCACUUGAGAUGAUCACAAAUCCUUGAUCUGAUGCUCGUUUAUUUUUUUUAAUUAGGUCUUGAACGCAGCUCUCUAGGUGAAACAAAACUGUUCUGCCACCAGAUGGGAUUGUGCUGAGAGCUGCAGCCUUCACACACUGUUUAGCCUCCAUUCAAAUAGUUUGCCAUAAUAAGCUUUAUUUCAGGUCAGAUAAAAAUAGAUGUGUCUUAGCUGGGUUUCUUCCUGAUAUGCAGCUUUGUUUGUUUCUCCUCUUGUUUUAAAGUAAUUCUGCUAGCAGAAGGGAGGGGGAGAACUAGAGGCAUGAAUUUGAGCAACAGAAGAGCAGCCGUAUUGCUAGACGUAGAUAGUCCUGACACAGGCAUUUCCAGCAGCUCUGUAUCGAGUAUUACCUAUCUCUAAUUCUUGAACUGUACAGUCUUCCAUGCUUCAGUUAUGUUAGAAGCCAAGACAGAAGCAAGGCUUUUACCCCUUUGGUUGUAGUCCGUUGGCCGUAUGGCCAAUCUCUCUAAGAGCCCCCAGAGCAUCCCCCAAAACCACACUUGGGCUGCCACUCUUUAGGGGGCCUUUAAAGCAAGCAUUUUACUUGCAUCCAAUGGCUUUUAACAGUUUGCCAAAAAAUUCAGCAGGAAAUGGGGAAAGCCAUCUUACAAACUGGCCUUGAUUUGCUGUCCCAUGCUAGCUGCAAACCUCUACAGUGCCAUUAAAAUGAGCAAAAUGCUUGUUUUAAUUUUUUCCCCCCUGUUGCUGCUGGAUUUUAGUAAGGUGGCGAUGCAGCCUGCAGCAGACCCUGGGCAAACAAAAUACGCCUUCAGAGGUAUUGGUGUUGCCAUUAUCACUGUGUUCUCACAUCUGUACUGACUUCAUGGCCUGCAAGGAACUGGAUUCCUUUACUCUGUACUGAGAAGUAAAAAAAGAGUAUGUAAAUUCUAAAGCGGAAAACGGGGAAGGAGAAUCCCAAAUAUAAAACAUAUUUAUGUGCCCAGACUAAAAUGCUUUUUUCACCCUGAAAAAUAUUAAAUAGUGGUCUAUAUAAACUCGGUGCUUUUCAAGGGAUCUGACAGUUAGGGUUUUGCUAACACAUUGGCUAAAAUCUGGUAGUGAGUCACAGCUACAAUACAAUGGACUCAAUAGAACUUGUGGAGGAGUUUACUCACCAUAUCA